AUGGGUACCGUAUGGGUACAUGACAUACAUCCACUAGAAGGGUCUAGAGAGAGAGCAAACGAAUUGACAAAUAAUGCAGCAGAGUAUGCUCGAUUACGGAUAGGGCGGGUAAAAGAGCAGCACGUCAAGCUUGCUUCUUUAUCAAACCGGCGUCCUCAUGAAAGGUUGGAUCUCCUAUGCUUGCGAGAUUCAAGAAAGCUAAUAAGAAGUUUCCUCGUCUCUGCAACUGCAAUGGAGUCACCAACGUGUCAGCAGAAGAAACGAGUAAUGGAAUCAGUUGAGAAAUCCCUUGAUUUCUACCAGAGUGUUCUUGGGUUCUUCCCAAUUAGGAGGCCUGGCUCCUUCGACUUUAAUGGUGCAUGCAUGGUCACAGUGGAGAAAAAUUUGAAGGAGAUGGAGAUAGAGUACGUGAAGCGCAGGGUGGAGGAGGGUGGAAUCUACGUUGAUCAGCUUUUCUUCCAUGACCCUGAUGCCACUAUGAUUGAGAUCUGUAAUUGUGACAACCUUCCCGUAAUACCCCUCGCAGGAGAGCCAGUCAGGCCCUGCAAUUGCAAUGCCUAG